CCACAUUCAAAUCAAACAUUACAUCUUUCUUCAAGAAAAAGUCUGGAUAUAUUCUGCAACAUAUUCUAAUGGAGUCAGACAAGAGUGGUGGAGAAACAACUAUCAGAAUUCAAGAGGGGAGGAGUGAUUCAAAAGGAAACGCCCCUGUAGUUGCCAUUGCAACUUCAAAGGCUAGUCAACAUUCUAAAGGGCGAUGGAGAAAAGGCAUAGCCAUUUUUGACUUCAUCUUGAGGCUAGGUGCAGUUGCAGCAGCCUUAGGUGCCACUGCAGUCAUGGGCACUACAGAUGAGACUCUCCCUUUCUUCACACAAUUCUUCCAGUUUGAAGCUCAAUACAGUGAUAUUGAAGCUUUCGUGUUUUUCAUGAUAGCAAAUGCAAUAGUCAGUGUGUAUCUGGUCCUCUCCCUGCCCUUCUCAAUUGUCUGCAUCGUUCGUCCAUAUGCAACAGCACCAAGGCUUCUCCUCCUCAUCUUUGAUACGAUUAUGAUGGCCCUCACAUUAGUUGCUGCUGGAGCUGCUGGUUCCAUAGUGUAUCUAGCUCAGAAUGGAAAUCCAAACGCAAACUGGCAAGCCAUUUGUCAGCAGUUUGACAACUUUUGCCAGAGUGUUAGUGGGGCUGUGGUGGGUUCCUUCAUAGCAGGAAUGAUACUCAUGAAACUGGUCAUAAUGUCUGCUAUUGCUCUUAAAAGAAGCUGAGAAAAAGCACAUGCUUUCCUCAGCACAGCACCCACUCAACUCUACUUCCCAAGAGAUAGAAAACAAAAGUGUCCUGUCUGUUGAUCUCACUUCUGAUUGACUGCUGUUGAAUGGUUAUUAUGUUUAUGGUAAAUCUGUGUGUUGUAUUGUAUCUUGGUUUUGUAUAAAAUAAAGUCCUGUUCACCUU